AUGUCUAGUGAUAGUGAUUUUGAUGAUGAAAAUGGGGUUAUUCAUCAUGAUAAUGAUGAAGACGAAGAAUUUGUUGAAUAUCCAACGGAAUCUAUUAAAGACCAUACUUAUGUCUUGCAUUUUGGGCAGCCCUCGACAGAAAAAUCUGGAAGAGCAAAUGUAAUCAAGCUUAGUGAAUACCCUACAAUAUGGAAUGAAGGAAAACUUAUAUAUGAUGUAUUACAUCCAGAAGAUUGCCUUCCACCUGCAACAGAUCAAUUAGAUAUAAUUUUACGAUUCGAAUCUCACUUUGAAAGCGGAAAUUUAUCAAAAGUUUAUUAUCUCGGUGGAUAUACAUAUCAUUUAGUAUUAGAAUAUGAUCGUAACAAGUCUGGAUCUUGUCAAUGGUUUUAUUUUCAGAUUUUAAAUGCGAAAAAAGAACGUGAUUAUAAAUUUUACAUCAGUGGUUUCCACAAAGGAAAAAGUCUAUUUGAUCGUGGAGCCAAAAUCUUUUUAUACUCGCAUCUUCGUGCUAAAAAUGAAAAUAUUUCAUGGGUCAGAGCAGGAAAUGACUAUUCAUAUGGAAUAUUCCCAGGUCAAAAAGGCAAAGGAAAACGUUCAACAGUUGCUUUUACCAUUGAUUUUCCAUACAAUAAAGAUAUUCUUUACAUGUGCUACGCAUUACCAUACACAUACAGUGAUUUAAUGCGUGACAUUGGCGCAUGGACCACCCAAUGCCCAAGUUUGAAAUCAGAAAUUUUAUGCGAAACUGCUGGAGGCCGUGAGUGUCCAAUUCUCACAUUAGAAGAGGAAGGUGGCAUUCCAUCAUCAGAAAAACCAUACAUUUUUAUUACUGCUCGUAUUCAUCCCGGUGAAUCAAAUUCUAGCUACUUAAUGCGUGGCUUUAUGCAGCAUUUACUUAAUGAUUCCCCUGAAUCAAAAUUUAUCCGACAAAAUCAUAUCAUUAAGAUCAUUCCAAUGUUGAAUAUCGAUGGAGUAAUUGAAGGAUUUUACAGAACCUCACUUUCUGGCAAUGAUUUGAAUAGAAUGUGGGGAUCUCCUGAUGCUGUUAUACAUCCUGUCAUUCUUAAUACUAAGAAUUUAUUCAAAAAAUUGGCAUCAGAACGAAAUGUCGUCAUAGCCAUUGAUUUUCAUGGUCAUUCACGUCUUGAUGGUACAUUUGCGUUCGGAUGUCCCAAUGACGGCACUGAUAUUGAGCAUAUUGAGAAAGUUUAUCCAAGAAUUGUUUCAUUAUUAUGUAACAAGUUCUCUUGGAGACAUUGUGUCUUCUCCUAUCCAGAAGAUAGAACAGGAGCUGGCAGAAUCAUCAUUCGAACAGAGCUGAAUGUCGUUCAAAGCUUUACUGUCGAAACAUCUUUUGGAGGAGUCUGCGCCGGCGAAGGUGUUGAUUCUUUAUAUGACCAACUGCUCUGGGAAGAGGUUGGAGGAAGCUGCUGUGAUGGAAUUUACUGUUUCAUCAAAGGAGAAAAAGAUGAAAUUUAUAAAACAGCAAAGAAAGAUAUUGAAACAAUGUUCCCGAAGAGACAAAAGAUGUCUAUUGAUAAUGAACAAAAUAAUCAAUUACAAAUUGAUUACGGAGAUGAAAAUGAAGAAUUAGAAAAAUCUGAAGAAAUUUUAGAGCCUUUCGCAAAAUCUAGUAGGAUAUUUGAUCCAAGGAGAUGUAAAUCAUUUAUGAAUGUAUCUCCAGAUAUGAUUUCAAACGAUCCUCCACAAAAAAUCUCAAUGAAAUGGAAACAAUUCCCGGACGGACUCGUCAAUUACUAA